AUGCCCCCCAGGUUUCUUUCCAACCUGUCCUUGCCCAUGGAGGCGAAUGAGAGUGAGUUGGUUCCUGAGGUGUGGGAAAAAGAUUUCCUGCCCCACUCGGAUGGGACCACCGCGGAGUUGGUGAUCCGCUGUGUGAUCCCAUCCCUCUACCUAGUCAUCAUUACUGUGGGCUUGUUGGGUAACAUCAUUCUGGUGAAGAUAUUCCUCACUAACAGCGCUAUGAGGAGCGUCCCCAACAUCUUCAUCUCUAAUCUGGCGGCUGGAGACCUGCUGCUGCUGCUGACCUGCGUUCCAGUGGACGCCUCCCGCUACUUUUUUGAUGAGUGGGUGUUCGGCAAGCUGGGCUGCAAACUCAUCCCUGCCAUCCAGCUCACCUCUGUGGGGGUUUCUGUGUUCACGCUCACCGCCCUCAGCGCGGACAGGUACAGAGCUAUCGUGAAUCCCAUGGACAUGCAGACUUCUGGCGUGGUGCUGUGGACCAGUGUGAAGGCUGUGGGCAUCUGGGUAGUCUCUGUGUUGUUGGCAGUCCCUGAAGCUGUGUUUUCGGAAGUAGCACAAAUUGGUAGCUUGGAUAACAGCAGUUUCACAGCAUGUAUACCCUACCCUCAAACAGAUGAGUUGCACCCCAAGAUUCACUCAGUGCUUAUUUUUCUUGUUUAUUUCCUCAUACCACUUGUUAUUAUCAGCAUUUAUUAUUACCACAUCGCAAAGACUUUAAUUAAAAGUGCACACAAUCUUCCAGGAGAAUCCAAUGAACAUACCAAAAGGCAGAUGGAGACCCGGAAACGAUUGGCUAAGAUUGUGCUCGUCUUCGUGGCCUGCUUUGUCUUCUGCUGGUUUCCCAACCACGUCCUCUACUUGUACAGGUCUUUCAACUACAAGGAGAUCGACCCUUCUCUGGGUCACAUGAUUGUCACCUUAGUGGCCCGGGUUCUGAGCUUCAGCAAUUCCUGUGUCAAUCCCUUUGCUCUUUACCUGCUCAGCGAAAGCUUCAGGAAGCACUUCAACAGUCAGCUCUGUUGCAGGAGGAAGUCCUACCCCGAGAGGUCAACCAGCUACCUUGUCAGUUCUUCAGCAGUGAGAAUGACUUCUCUGAAGAGCAACACAAAGAACGUGGUGACCAGUUCUGUCCUGCUAAACGGACACAGCAUGAAGCAGGAAAUAGCUCUGUGA